UAAAGUCAUGCUUUUUUGCCACUGUGGGGUCAGUCACUUGUCACUGCUGUCAGCUUGGCUUGUGUCUGCUCCAGCUGCCUGGAACAUCAACACCAACGCCAACCCCAGGGGAGAGUGUCAGGCAUACGUGGAGCUGAACGAGCUGAUGAAGGACCAAAACCAGCAGGCCUACUGGCAGGAGACUGGCCGAUGGGUGGGCUACGAGGAGAGCUACGACCCUCAGGCCGGAUCCUGGGGGUCCUCGCACAUCUCCUACCUCACCUUCAAGAGUCUCAUCCAGCUCCGACGCACCAUGAAUACAGGUGUGGUGAUUUUUGACUGUGAGGAUCGGACCCUGGAGAGCAUCGCCGGGAAGAUAGUUGAUGAGAUGGUUAAGAAGAAGGAGAUAAGGCCCGGAGAUCGGGAAGGGGUGCUAAAAUCUCUGCUCCAGAACCGCAGCCAAUCAACUGACCCAGAGAGCCAAGCCCUGACCGAUGGGACAGAGAUGCAGAGGUUUUCAGUGAAAGAGCGGAGAGAAGCAUCUGACAGUGUUGAGGCGUCCAUGGUUCUAGUAGGAGCCCUGGACUUCCUGGAGAGACCCACAGUUGCGUUUGUGCGCCUGAAGGAGGCAGUAGUGUUGGAGUCUGCCUUGGAGGCCCCGGUACCUGUACGCUUUGUCUUUGUUCUAGUAGGCCCUGGAAAAACGGACAUGGACUACCAUGAGACUGGCCGUGCUAUGGCAGCCCUCAUGGCUGAUAAAGUAUUCAACCAGGCAGCAUUCCAGGCACAGAGUGCCCGCGGACUGACGGAUGCUGUGGCCGACUUCAUGGAUUGCAGCAUUGUCAUCCCACCCACCGAGAUCCAGAACGAGGCGAUGCUCUCCUCAAUCAUUAACUUUCAGAAGAAGUUGCUGCGGGACAGGCUGCGGCCCACUGAACCCACGCUGUGUCUCGAUGCCAAGCCUCGCAGGCCUUCCAAAGCUUCUGGGUCUCUACCUGAGGAUCCUCUGGCCCGCACGGGUCGGCCAUUCGGUGGUAUGAUUCGAGACAUAAAGAGACGCUACCAGCACUACAAGAGUGACAUCACAGAUGCUCUCAAUGCCCAGGUCCUUGCUGCCAUCAUCUUCAUCUACUUCGCUGCCCUGUCUCCUGCUAUCACCUUUGGCGGACUGCUGGCUGAUAAGGUGGAAAAUAUGAUGGGUGUGUCUGAGCUCCUCAUCUCCACCAGCAUCCAGGGGAUCAUCUUCUGCUUUGUCGCCGCUCAGCCCGUCCUGGUCAUCGGCUUCUCUGGUCCUCUACUAGUGUUUGAAGAGGCCUUCUUUGCUUUCUGCAAGUCCCAAGGAAUUGAAUAUAUCGUUGGGAGAGUGUGGGUUGGCGUGUGGCUCGUCAUCAUUGUGGUGAUCAUUGUGGCCUGUGAGGGCAGCUUCCUGGUGCGAUUCAUCUCCCGCUUCACCCAGGAGAUCUUCUCCAUCCUCAUCUCCCUCAUCUUCAUCUACGAAACGUUUGCCAAACUGGGGAGGAUCUUCAAGGCUCAUCCGCUGGUUCUGAAUUACAACCACCUGAAUGCAUCAGUAGAAAAUCCCUGGCAUCCAGUGGUGAUCGAGGAGCACUUCUAUGACAACACCACUGGUAACACGACUGUUGUCAAAACCACUGUCAAACAGCCUUACCCCAACACUGCCCUACUCUCCAUGUGCCUCAUGUUGGGCUGUUUCUUUAUUGCCUACUUCCUGCGCCAGUUCAAGAAUGGAACCUUUCUCCCUGGAAAGGUCAGGCGAUUGAUUGGUGACUUUGGGGUGCCCAUUGCCAUUUUCCUCAUGGUUGUUGUGGACAUCAACAUUGACGAUACCUACACUCAGAAACUGGUGGUCCCCAAAGGCCUUAUGGUGUCUAACCCAGCAAAAAGAGGCUGGCUUAUCAACCCCUUUGGAGAGCACAAGCCUUUCCCUGUGUGGGUGAUGUUUGCAUGCUGUGUACCAGCCUUGCUUGUCUUCAUUCUGAUCUUUCUGGAGUCACAGAUCACCACUCUGAUUGUGAGUAAACCUGAGAGGAAGAUGGUCAAGGGCUCCGGGUUCCACUUUGACCUGCUUGUUCUGGUGGGCAUGGGAGGAAUGAGUGCUAUAUUUGGUGUGCCGUGGCUCAGUGCUGCCACCGUGCGUUCUGUCACUCAUGCCAAUGCCCUUACAGUCAUGAGCAAAGGACCAAAGCCUGUGAUCGAGAAGGUGAUGGAGCAGAGGAUCAGUGGCAUUGUGGUGGCCCUGCUGGUUGGGUUAUCUAUUCUGAUGGAGCCAAUCCUAAAGAUGAUUCCCAUGGCUGCCCUGUUUGGGAUAUUCCUCUACAUGGGGAUUACUUCCCUCAAUGGCAUCCAGUUGUGGGAUCGCAUGCUGCUGCUCCUCAUUCCUAAGAAGUACCACCCCGAUGAACCCUACGCCACCAGGGUCAGCACCGGCAGAAUGCACUUGUUCACGGCCAUCCAGAUCGUGUGUCUUGCAGUACUGUGGAUUAUAAAGUCCAGUCCAGCGUCCCUGGCACUUCCCUUCAUUCUCAUCCUCACCAUCCCCCUCCGCAUGUGUAUGACCGGCCGCCUCUUCACUGAACUGGAAAUGAAAUGUUUGGAUGCAGAUGACGCUAAAGUGACAUUUGAGGAGGAGCCCGGGCAGGACGUAUACUAUGAAUCUCAGAUGCCAUUGUAGACAACCCCCAUCAUGCCUUAACUAUAAUGAAGAGACUUUUAUUUAUAAUCGGCUC